AAGUGUUCCGAAAGUGGGUCUGCGAAAAAGUGGAACGAUAAAGAAAAAGAAAAGCAAUCAGCCACCACUGUGUCUCUACUGUUGCGUUCGUGGGGUAAGAAAAAGAGAGGGGCGUCUUCGAGGUUUGGAGGUAGUGACAAUGCCAGUGCUUCGCGGGCUAGUUGGAGUUGAGGGCGACGACGGGAUCAAGAAGUGAGAGAGGACGAGCUGUGCGCUAGCUCUGGCCCCGGCCGAUCGCGUAGUGUCUAGUGUGACGAGAUGACGGGUGCGCGGAUGAGACCCGCGCUCGCCGUGGGCCUCCUCCUCAGCUUUUUAGCCGUUGCCCUACGAGGAGUGCAAUGCGAAGACGAACAGAUACCAUCCGAGGACCUAUGUCGACCGUACAUCGAGAAGGCGCUCAAGGAUCUCGGCACAGGAUCUUUGGAGCAGACCAGUGCAGAGGUCGGAAUUGAGAUCGACCAAGAGAGCCAUGAGGAAGCAUCACCUGCGAGCGAAGAAACUAGCGAGACAGCAGACGUUUCGAAAGAAGAAACUAAAGAUGAGGAAGAAUCAAUAGAGGAAAAUGCAGAAACGGUUGCUGACGAGAGUAAGGAAGCAACCGAUGAGCAAGUCGACGCUAGCGAAGAAAAAGCACAGGAUAUAUCCGAACAAGAACAAAGCAAAGAAGCCGUGACUGACGAAAGUGCUGAAGUUGGCACUAUUCAAGAAGAAGAAGGGGAGAAAGCUGAGGGAACAUCCGCUGAGGAAACGUCCGCUGAGGUGACUGAAGACGAUGGAGAACAAACCGACUCCACUGAAAAAGUGACGGAAAGCGAAGAAGCGAAAAUUGAAGAAGACGAACAAAAAUCCGACGAAAAAACAAAAGUAGAAGAUGAAGAGUCCGAAGAGGAGAAAGUAGACGAUGAAGCAAAAUCCGAAGAAGAAAAGAAAAUCGAAGAAACGAAAGCUGAAGACGAGGAACAAGAGGAAUCCAAAGAAGCCACUGAAGAAGUAGGAGUCGAGUCUAAGGAAGAGGCGGAGGCACAGCAAGCAUCUGCGGAAGCUAGCGUUGAAGACCAAUCUGAUAAAGAAGAAGUUGACAGUAAAGCCGAAGGGGACGCCGAAGGAGACGCCGAAUCGACGGAAGAUCAGACGGUAAGUGGUGAAGAUGAAAAAGAUGACACUGGGGAGAAAGUGCAAGAUGAGAGCCCCGAAACGAAAGAUGAAGAGAAAGAAAAGGAGAGCGUAGAAGACGCCGAAACAGCAGAUUCUGAAGAUGUAGAACAGGAAACAAAGUCGGCAGAAGAAGCACAUUCUGCUGAAGAAGGAACAUCAAUGGAAGACAAAUCAAAGGAAGAAGAAGAGGUGAAAUCCGUAGAAGAAGAGGACGCAAAGACUGAAGAAGACGGGAAAUCGGAAGAAGAGAGUGUAAGGUCUGAGGAAGAAAAAAAUGUAAAAUCACGCGGCAAGCGAAAAGUAGAUGAAGAAGACGCUAAAGCAGAUGGCGAAUCUAAAGAAGAAGCUACCAGUGAGGAAGAACAAGAACUUACUCCAGAAGAGGAUCUGAUUCAAGAAAUCGAAAUUCCGGAGAACCUUCGACCUAGAGAUCACAUUAAUCAAUUGCUGAAAUUGGACGAAGAAAAUGAGGAAAAAGAGCGAGCUAUACAAAGAGCGGCUGACAUUAUUCUUAGGGAUCUGAAGAGACUCUAUGAUAACGCCAUAAAGCCAUUAGAGACCAUGUAUAAGUAUAGAGAUUUGAGCAACAGACAUUUCGGAGAUCCCGAAAUAUUUUCUAAGCCACUGGUACUAUUUAUGGGACCGUGGAGCGGCGGGAAAUCUUCCAUCAUUAAUUAUUUGCUCGACAUCGAGUACAAGCCGAUGUCAUUGAGAACAGGUGGUUUGAGAGAGUGCUUAGAAGAGCAUUGCAAAUGGCCAAAUGGAAAAAAUGACACAGGAGCCGAGCCAUCACCGGCGUACUUCAACAUAAUAAUGCACGGCGAGGAGGAGGAGGUUCUUGACGGCACUCAGCUGGCCGCCGAUUGGACUUUUUCGGGACUGCAGAAGUUCGGGCAGGGUCUGUUGGAUCGUCUUAGAGGUCUGCGACUUAAUAAUAAAUUGUUAGAAAAAGUAAACAUCGUUGAGAUUCCGGGUAUCUUAGAAAUUCGAAAGCAAGUGCAACGCUUAUUUCCCUUUAACGAUGCAUGUCAGUGGUUCAUCGAUCGAGCGGACAUAAUAUUUUUGGUUUACGAUCCCGCUAAGUUGGACGUUGGUCCCGAAACCGAGGCGAUUCUCGAUCAGUUAAAGGGAAGAGAAUAUCAGACCCGUAUUAUCCUCAACAAAGCUGAUCAGGUAAAGCCCGAAGAACUCAUGAGGGUGCAAGGUGCCCUAAUCUGGAACAUAUCACCGCUAAUGUCAAGCGCAGAGCCGCCAAUAAUGUACUCCGCAUCAUUAUGGUCAUUACCCUUCGAAGCUGGCGCACCUAUCAGAUUACUGUACGCUCAAGAACGGGCAUUCCUUCGCGAUUUACGUUCCGCGAUAAAUAAAAGGGUCGAGCAUAAAAUAGCGAGCGCCAGAAGAUUCGCCGUACGAGUGCGCAAUCACGCGAAAAUGGUAGAUUGCUACCUGACAACGUAUUACAAUCAUAAGACAUUCUUCGGCAACAGGCGGGAGAUCAGCGACAAGAUUAUCGAGAAUCCGCAAGACUAUCAUAUCUACGAGGGCCUAAGUACUCUCACUAAUAUAUCGCGUUACGACCUGCCGGAUCCGGACGUCUACCGCGAUUUCUUCCGAUUGAAUGCGCUCUAUGACUUCCCGCUGCUGAGCUCCACUUGCACAUACUUCCGCGGUUGUCCGAUCAACAGGCUCGACGUGGCCAUCGCCUAUGAUCUACCCGAGCUGGUGGGCAACUAUAAGAAAUCAGUAGAAGCAGUGCUGCACGAAAGUGAAAGCAACAGCCCGCCGAGUUGAGUAUCUACGUUCCAAAACGGAACUCUUGAUACCAUGUGAAAUACGGACUGGCGACAAAGCGACGUUUACCUCCGCUGGACCGAGAAAAAAACCUCUCAGCCUGAACCUCUAGCCGAAACGCCUUGGUAACUUAAAGAUGCUUGACAACGGUGAACAAGCUGAAGAACGUGGUCCGAUAUUUGAGAUGGUACCAAGGUUUUUCUCUUCUUGAAAUACAGGCAGCAAGAUCGCGCUAUCUUCGCGAGUUAUGUCCUUCGAGGUGCUUCGAUAACGAGAAGACGGUUCGCAAAAAGAGCUGACGAUUGUGAAAGCAGUGGAAGGGCAAGGAGUAUCGAAGUAUGAAAAUCGAGGGUACCGUCAUUCGAGCGGAUGAGUAAACGCUAUGUAAUCUCUAGAUCCGAGUUUAACCUCUCGUCCCUCAUGACGUGACAUAAUGUGAAAAACAUAAGCACGGUGUGGAGUGUGAUAUCACGAAUUCAGUGGAACACUUCCUCGGUUGCAGAAGAAGAACAAGAGUAUUGCUUAGUGUCUGGUAAAACAAUGCAAGUGCUACCAUUCCGAUCCAAAGCGGACAGUGAGAAUUUCCUUUGAGAAUGUGUUCAGAUAUCCUCUUUCGGUGAAAAUUCAAGGUUCCGGUGCGCAGUAGCUUAUCUUACUUUUCUAAGUACUCAAAAAAAUUUAUCAAAAUUUAAUAUUGAAGAAUUUAAUUCCAAAAUACAAAACAAACUUUAAUUUCAAAAAUUUCUAAUUUUAAACAUAAAGAUUAAUUUAUAACUUUUUGUUUUUUUUUCACAAAAAUGUAAUUUAAAAAAUUUUUAUUUUUAUUUAUUUAUCUAAUUUAAAUUUAAGAAAUUUAAUUUCUUAAUUGCUAAAAAUUGCUUAUAAAAUCAAUUUUAUAAAACCAACUAUAUUUUAGAUAAUUAAUUUCUUUGAUCAGUUAGAUUUCAACUUAUAAGUUUCGUCUUAAUUAUUAUUUUAAUUUUAAUUUCCUCGAGCUCUUGAAAACGUAAAUUAAACCAUUGUUGCACCGAAUCUUUAAAUUUUCGUGACAAAUCGGCGUCUGCUGAUUAUCUCAGAAAAAAUAGACUCUCUAAAAUCGAUGUAAUAUUGAGCAACGAUUUCGUCCGCCAAAUUCCUCUGUACCGAGGAAAUUAAACUAAUUGUACCGAAAUAUUUCCAUUACAAAAAAGAGAUAGGAUGAUCUCUUCUCGUGGCUUUUGUGGAAUACCUUGUAUAAGCUGAUUUUGUGUUCUUAUUAAAAUGUGUAAUUAAAUAAUUAAAGAUAUGCUGAUCUCUUACGCAUUGCUCAGUUAAUGUGUAAGACGGAUCAUCUAAUGUCUUUUUAAUUGAACAUAUAGGCUUCCUUCUCGUUCGCGUUAGACAGAAUAUAAAUUUGUUAUAUCUUUAAACGCUGAAUCUUUUUAAAUAUCUAUGUAUAUCGAAAAACUAUAAAUUUUAAGCAAUAAUAAGAAAACACUAAUUUAAUAACUAAAAUAUCUUAGAUAAAAAUUACAAUUUUCAAAAUUCUUGUAUAAUUUUCAGAUUCAUAGAUAUAAUCUUUCAAUUCUUUGAAACUCUUCAAUACUAUACUUUUAAAUUCUAAGGAUUGACAUAAAUUCAAUCUAAAGCUAAAUUUUUUUAAUAAUCUUUUUAUAUCUUUAAAUCGUCUUUGUUGCUAUGCUCUAAAUACAUUUUAUUCAUUUUAAACAAAUUAUUGUGAAUAAUUGAAUUAUAUCAAUAUUCAUCCUAGCCAAAUAUCAUAAUUCUAAGACAAAUACAAUAAAAUGUUUUCAAUUUAUUACAUAUUAAUUUUUUCAAUAAAAAUGAAAAAAAAUGUUAGAAGCAUUGCAAAUGAUUUAUACUCUAAAUUGCGAACAACAAAGCAAGCUUUGUCAUUUGAAAUAAUAAUAUAGAUAUAAUGCAAUUUAUCCAGCGUUUAAAUAAGUGUAUUGUUGAUAUUAUUACUAUUAUUACCGUUAUUGUUACUAUUUGUCAUCAUUGUUAUUCUACAUUAUACAAAGAUUACAUCAAGUAAAUUAAUGUUACAGAUA